CUACUGUGCUCAAGCACUGUUACGGGUUACGAGUUAACGCUACCGUACUCGUACCUGUACCUUCCCCCAAUUUAUUCCUUGCAGCACUGCCGCACAAGCACCCCAACACGAGUAACAGCUCCGCCAGCUACCGUACCCUUCUCUCUCCUCCUCCCCCCCUUCGCCGACAUCGUGGACCUAAUCAACCAACCGACUAAUCUCGCUUUAUUGCCUUCAACCGGCAUACGGAUUAAGUAACCUUGACAUAGGAGCUAGCAUCUAGAGCUUUAUUAUAUUAAGGGCACCUUCAAGAUGGCUAUGGAACAGGUGGAAGUUCCCAGCAGGUCGUAUUUCAUCCGCUGGGUAGAGUGCUCGAAGAAUUUUACCAUCUCUUGGAGCAUAAAACCUCAUAAAAAGUCGCUGAAUUUUGGAAUCUUUAGGCAUCCAACGGCUGGGAAUCAAUCAGCCUCGCAACUCCAACCCCCCCCCACUGCUAAGUCCGAUGACGCGUCUAGUAUAAAGCGACCGGGUAGCUCGAGGGCUCGGAGUAAUGAAGGGGACUGUAUUGAGCGGUUACACGCAGCAGGCUUAUUAGAUGUGUACUGGCAUGGAAAAGUGGAAGCAGAGAAAGUCACAACCGGCACGUACCAGGUGAAAGAAGGUGGUAUGUUUGCGCUGGUUUUCGACAAUACCUUCUCCAAGCAAGUCGCAAAAACAGCUACUCUCGUAUUGCUUACGUACCCUUCCACUUCUCCGCCUCCGGCUUCGCACGCCCUUCACCACUUCGAUUCCGCCCUUGCUUCAACUACAUCGCUGGUCCAAAAUGGUGGAAAAGGGCCAGGACAUGGACCUAGUGCAUCUGUUGAAACAUUCACAAUACAUGGGCAAGAUGGCACCACUCAUGAUAAAGAAUCCGUCUACUCUGCGCAUGGUUUCCACACAGGUGUCCUGAAGAAGCGUAAACGUAAGCGGCAUCAGGGCUAUGCCCGCCGCUUUUUUUCCUUAGAUUUCACCUCUUCAACCCUAUCAUAUUACUUGAAUCGGGAGUCCUCGGCACUCCGUGGAGCCAUUCCACUAUCUUUGGCUGCGAUUAGCGCAAGCGGAAAGGAGAGGGAGAUUUGUAUCGAUUCCGGUGCCGAGGUGUGGCAUCUCAGAGCAAAUUCUGAUCGGGAUUGGGAUCAAUGGAAGUCUGCCCUAGAGAAGGCUGCGCAGCAUGCGAUGGAGGCCGGCACCACCGGUGAUCAGCAUAUGCCUCUACCGGAUGUUCAACAGUCGGCUGCUAUCAAUACCCAAAACCAGGUAAUGGAAGACCGGGGCUGGGCGGGGGUUGAGGCUUUGGUUGGGCGUGUUGCCGGUGUUCGGGAUGCCGUGAGAAGGCUUGCAACAACUGCCGAGCAGCCCGCACCGCCUAAAAUUGGCGAAGCUGAUGCUGAGGCGAGCACCCCGUCAACGUCUGUUCAUUCAUUAACGGAGCAGAAGGAUAAGGAGCGUAGAAGACCAUUUUGGAAACGUAAGGUGAGUGGCGGAACAUCGCCUUCGGUUUCUUCGCAAUCUCUGCACCCCAUAUCUGCAGUUGCUGCUGCCGUGACAGCGGUAGCAGCUCCUGCCCUGCCUAAUGGAGUGGCUGGAAAUAUGCCGCUCCAUCAAGGGCAGGGUAUGGGUGGGCACCUCAAUGCGCUCCUUACGGAUCUUGAUUCGGUUGUUGCAGACUUCUCCAAACUAGUCGCAGAGAACAAACAGAGGAGGUGGUUGAAUCAUCGCGUAUCCCAACAUCAAUCUGCAUCACCUAUAGUGGCUUCUAGAGUUAGCAUAGAAUCCUCAGCAUCAGAAGAAUUCUUUGAUGCUGAGGACGACAUGGUCGAAGGGGAACGAGGUAGAGUUGUGCUUCUGAAUGACGACGAGGGCUCCGCACGCGGGGCGUCAAGUUCACAAGGUGUGACAGACGACGAAGAGAGUGAUGAAGAAGACGAGGGCUUCGAUAAUGAUCAGCCUCCGCGGUCUGCCGCUAAGUUUGAAGAUGAAGAUGUCACAGACGCGAAUGGGGUGAGGGACUUGAGUCCUUUGCCUUUGGAACCUAUAGAGCGACGUGCUCUGGUACCUGCUGCUACCGUGAUGCCCCCUAGUUUGAUUGGGUUCUUGAGGAAAAACGUCGGAAAAGAUCUUUCAACUAUUGCAAUGCCAGUAUCUGCGAAUGAGCCAACAAGUCUUUUGCAGAGACUUUCCGAGCAGUUGGAAUAUUCCGAGUUACUGGAUGAAGGCGUCAAUGCUUCUGUAGCGAAUGGGGGACGGCUGCUUUAUGUUGCUGCAUUCGCUACUAGUUCAUUCUCGAAUAGCAGGGUAAAAGAGAGAUCUAUCCGUAAGCCAUUUAAUCCGAUGCUGGGUGAAACGUAUGAGUUGGUUAGAGAGGAUAAGGGGUUCCGUUUCAUUGCCGAGAAGGUAUCGCAUCGACCAGUCAUCAUGGCUUGUCAAGCAGAAUCCCAAAAUUGGACAUUUACUCAAUCUCCCAUGCCGACGCAGAAGUUCUGGGGCAAAUCCGCAGAACUUAACACCUCAGGCCGAGUCCGAAUCCACUUCCCAUCGACCGGUGAUUCCUUUUCCUGGACAAUCGCAACCAGCUUUCUCCGCAACAUCAUCGCUGGGGAAAAGUACGUAGAGCCUGUAGGAUCCAUGACAAUCCAUCACGAAAACACGGGCGAGAAAGCUAUAGUAACCUUCAAAGCCAACAAAGGCAUGUUCGCUGGGCGCAGCGAGGAAGUAACAAUCCAAGCAUUCGAUUCCUCCGGCAACCCCUACCCAGUGAGCCUUUCUGGAAAAUGGACAGAGAAACUCAUGCUCGAGGGCGUCGGCUCCCCGAAGAAAUUCUGGGAAGUGAAAGAGCUGGUAGAAAACGCACAGACAAGAUACGGCUUCACCAAGUUCGCGGCGGCGCUCAACGAGAUCACACCCAUCGAGCAAGGCAAGAUCCCCACCACAGACACCAGACACCGGCCCGACCAGCGCAUGGUGGAAGAGGGCCGCCUGGACGAGGCGGAGGCCAUGAAGAUGAGGCUCGAAGAGGCCCAGCGAGUACGACGCAAGGAGAUGGAAGAUAACGGAGAAGCCUGGCAACCCAAAUGGUUCGUCAAGGUGCGGGAAUACGCCGACGAGGAGAUUUGGAAGAUCAAGACGGGCAAGGAAGGGUACUGGGAGCGGAGAAGCAAAGGCGAGUGGAAGGGUGUGCCUGUCAUCUUUGAGGAGUAGAGAGAAAAGAAAAAGCAAAACGAAAAGCGGAAGCAUGGAUAUGGGUAGAUGGAUAUAUAUCCGUAGAGAGAGAGUGUGUGCCUCGAUUGAGAAAGUCAAAACCGAGUGGUAUAUAUACACUGGCUGGUGUUUGUUUGUCUUAUUUACCUUGUUUUACUCUCUUCUCUCUUUUUUUUUUUUUCUUUCUCCUUUUCCUUUCUAGUUUUAGUCUUGAUUUGGAGCGAGGUUAUUAUGAUAGAUGGGGGAAGGAUUGGGAUAAAACGAGAUCCUGUUUGAGUAUUUAUUUUGUUGUAGUCGGUCGAGUAAAAAAUAGUACCGGUACUGUGUUUCGCGAAUGUCGCGAUUA